GAGGAAGCAGUUGUUUUCUUGGUCCAGGAAAAGAUGGAAAUGUCAACAACAUAUCCACCAAAUUAGCGUAUUUCAACACGGUCGUCGUGCUUAACAACAAAUAUGAGCGUUGACGCGAGUAUUUUAAAAACAUUACAGACUGGAAAUGAACAGGAAGUGUGCUUAGUGCUCGAGGCUUUUACGACAAAGAAUGCACAGACCUUCAGUUUCCCUGAGUUGACUUUGGAUGUAAAACAGAAAUGUGUGGAGGCCAUACUGGACCUUCUGCGUGUGCAGGGUGCUGCCAAAUGCCACAUCCUGUGUCUGGAGACACUGCGCCUGUUUAGCCGAGAGAAAGAGAAGUUGGCAGGCAUGAUCUCAGAGGUGGCCCUAAACCUGAUGAUGAAGAUGGCAGGACUCCAACACUACUCUGAGGAGGAGGGCGAGUGUGUCACCAUUCAGAAUGGUGACCCUGAUGUGAUGGUGGAGGCCCAGAAGUGUCUGUGUAACUUAAUAUUCAACAAUGUUCAAGUCCAGAGAGUCUGCAGUAAAAACGGCUGUGUGGAGGGGAUUAUACAACGGCUGAAGACUUACAAAGAUCCAGAUCUCAAGUUUGAAAUAAAGUUCUUUGAUAUGAGGAUGCUGUUCCUGUUGACUGCCCUGUGUGCUGAAACAAGACCUUUGAUUCGUUAUGAGUUACAUGGAUUCACAUACCUGAUGGAGGUUGUUGAUUUAAUUCUCCGGGAUGCGGAUGCUCGGCAGUCUGGACUUACGGAACAGGAGGUGGACCUCUGUUGUGAAAUCCUCAAAAUUCUCUUCAACAUCACAGUCCCGAUUGAUAAAAAUGCUUUAGAUGAGGAAGAGGAAGCCCACUUUAUGCGCCUGGUUAGUGUACUGCGGGACCUGUUGAUGAGUAGAACACAGAGCAAGGACCGUCAGGAAGAACUACAGAGUCACACAGUGAACCUACUUACAAACAUCCCACGGGACUGUUAUGAGGAGCUGCUUAUUCCUCUCAACGAGAUCGAUGUUGGUGGUAUGGAGAAUAAAGAUGUCGAGUUUGACGGGAAAAACAUGGAGGCAGUUAUUGUUCUUCUUGACUUCCUCUACAACAGGCUAGACGUGCCAAUGAAGUCUCUGAAGGAAAGUCUCGCUCCCAUUCUUCACUGCCUGUGUGAGACCUGUAGGGCUAACAGAGCUAUCCGCAAGUUCUGUCGCUCUAAGGUGUUGCCACCCUUGAAGGAUGAGGUGAAGAAAUUACCAGAAGAUGGAGAUACACUUAGAAACAGAUUGUGUAAGCUGCUAACAUCACCGAUCACAGAUGUCAAGGACUUGGCUGCAGAUUUCUUGUUUGUUUUGUGUAAAGAGAGUGUUAACAGAAUGGUGAAGUACACAGGCUAUGGGAACAGUGCUGGCCUCUUAGCCAACAGGGGUCUUCUGCUCGGAGGAAAGUCAGGGGGAGACUACUCCAGCAACUCAGAUGACUCGGACACUGAAGAGUAUAGCCAAUUGCGAGACAUGGUUAAUCCUGUAACAGGCAGAUGGGAGGAGGAUAAACCAGAUCCUUUCGAGGGAAUGAGUGAGGAACAAAAGGAGUUUGAAGCCAUGAAACUAGUCAACAUGAUGCACAAACUCCAGUGCCAAGGGAUCAUCCAGCCGAGUCGUGUUGACGAGUCUGGACGUCCUCAGCCUGUCGAACAUGUCCUGGAACUGAUGGAGAACAUGACCAACCCAAGUGGAGCGACCGGGGAUCAGGAAGAUUUGGAUUAGGGGCCUCCCACAGGGUACCUGAUGUAAGAGGCCUGUGACGGCCUGUUUUAUCAUCUGCUCCUAUCAGACAGAUUGGAGGUAUAUUUCCACAUAUACCAAGGUCUCAAUCUUGCCAAUUUUGGUGUGUUGGGUUUGAAGCUGGAAUUCAGAACCUGAUGACGUAUUUACGCCAUAAUUCAUGGCAAGGAAAGUAUUAUCUGAAAUUGUGACUACGCAGUCUGGCAGAUAGACGGUGUCAGUAGACAUGUUGUUUAUGAACCUACAAUGGCGACGGAAUCAACUUUGUGUGAGAAGUAUUAUAUAGUCUACUUUGUGUUGUCUUUAGAUCUGAUCAAAUGGCCUGAAGUAAUCUGGCAUUAUUUAUCUCACAAGCAUCAUAAAGCUGCAAAUUCAUAUUUCUGCUCUGCUAAAUUCCUGAUGUGUGUUUUACUGUGAACAGGGGUUCUAUAUGAUAGAACUUUACAUUUAGAAAAAAAUAUUUCCUGGAAAGUAUGAACAGUUUAUUAAAAUUAGUAAACAUUGAUUUUUCUCUUUUUUUUUUGAUAAUGUAUGUUUGAUUGCGAAAAAAAAUCAGAAAAAUCACCAUAUGUGAUUAAUGUGACUUUCUUAUUUUGAAAUUUUCAUUGAAUAAUGCGUAUACAUCUUUAUUUAUCAAUAGGAAUAUUUUUCCGGUGGUAUCAGAUUAAAAGUACUAUUUUGAUUUUGCAAGAUUUCAGACUCCAUUUAGUUUUUGAGAACCACAAAUCUCCAACAGAAGUAAAGGAUGAAAAUCACUUUUAAGACGCUAAGUAGAAAAUAAAUGGUUUGUGUAAAUGUAAUCUAACAACAUCAAGGUGAUGGUCAAGGUCAUGUAAGAAAUCAAGGUCACUUAAUGUGAAACAGAAUGUCAAGGUUACAUAGUAAAAUGUCACACCAACAUAAGUGUAUAAUGUGAGGCGAGAUAGUGAGAGGAGAAACCUGAGGAGUACUGCCUGAUGUGUAUUGUAUUGGUGAUCAGGAUACACUCAUGCUGGCAGUGUUCAUACAGUGGAGGGCCCACCUCUUAGAGGUAUUUUUAUCACAAAAGUAUUUUUGAUAAGGAAUGUGAAACUGCCAAUUUCUUUCUUAAGGUCUUAAUUAAGGCUGUUCUAUUUUGAAGAACAAUUGUUGAACUUUUAUAAAAUGUUGACUUCUUGUAUUGUGUUUAUUGUUUUGCUGUGUUCAUACAGACCAGCAAACAUUUAUAAAUUAUUACAAGUCAGACAAUUGUAUUAAAUCAAUCAUAAAGUU